UCCUGCACACAGGACAUGUAAGUUAUGUAGCCAGUUGCCUUGUCAAAUUGACUAUCUCGGUGUGUUUUCCAUAUUUUCAGUAACUAUGGGCAGUUUAACAUUUAUGUUCGCUUGCUCUGCUAAGACCUUGAAGAUAAUCAAAAACCACUCACAUGCAAUUUAUUUCAAAAGGACUCUCUUAUUGUCACGACUGCCUCUCUUCAAACAAUCAGAAGGCAAGUGUAUCAACUUUGGUCGACUGUCAAGCUCAACAGCUGCCAGAGCAGCGAAGGGAGAGGACUCCUUCCUCAAAUGGCUCCUGCUUCUGAUUCCUGUCACUACAUUUGGUCUUGGGACAUGGCAGGUGAAACGUCGGGAAUGGAAAAUGCAGUUGAUUGCAGAACUGAGAAGUCUUACCUCUGUGGAACCCAUCCCUCUUCCUAUUGAUCCUCUGGAGUUGAAUGAUCUGGAGUACAGGAGAGUAAAGGUGCAUGGGCACUAUGACCACUCCCAGGAGAUGUACAUCUUACCCCGCUCACCUGUCGACCCAGAGAAAGAGGCAAGGGAAGCAGGCCAGCUGUCAUCCAGUGGAGAAACUGGAGCCAAUGUCGUUACCCCGUUCUACUGCAGUGACCUAGGGAUCACGAUCCUUGUAAACAGAGGCUAUGUUCCUAGGAAGAAGAUCAAGCCAGAAACCAGGAUGAAGGGACAGGUGGAUGACGAGGUUGACCUGGUGGGGGUGGUGAGGCUGACCGAGAUCCGCAAACCCUUUGUGCCACAAAACGAUGUGGAGCACAACCGCUGGCAUUACCGCGACCUGGAGGCAAUGGCCAGAGUCACAGGGGCCCAGCAGAUCUUCAUUGAUGCUGACCUGGCCAGCACAAUUCCUGGUGGACCUAUAGGAGGACAGACCCGAGUCACCCUCAGGAAUGAACAUAUGCAGUACAUUAUGACGUGGUAUGGCCUCUGCGCAGCAACCUCUUACAUGUGGUAUGCCAAGUUCAUCAAAAGGAUGGUGUAAAACACCCCACAAUGGCUUGAGUAGUGUAAAUGGAUACAAUGUUGAAGAUGUCAUGAAUAUACCACAGACUGCUCAUGGAAGCUGCUGUAGGUACUUAGAUGUCUUGGUUUUAUUUUGACAAAUGUACACUGAACAAAAAUAAACCCUACAUGAGCUGAAAUAAAAGAUCCCAGAAAUGUUACAUAUGCACAAAAAGCAUUUAUCUUAUGUUGUGCACAAAUUUGUUUAAAUCCCUGUUAGUGAGCAUUUCUCUUUUGCCAAGAUAAUCCAUCUACUUGACAGGUGUGGCAUAUCAAGGAGCUGAUUAAACAGCAUUACACAGGUGCACUUUGUGCUGGUGACAAAAGGCCACUAAAAUGUGCAGCUCUGUCACAUAUGCCUCAAAUUGAGGGAGCGUGUAUUUGACAUGUUGACCGCAGGAAUGUCCACCAGAGCUGUUGCCAGAUAAUUUAAUGUUAAUUUCUCUACAAUAAGCAGCCUCCAAUGUCAUUAGAGAACUUCGUAGUAUGUACAACCUGCCUCACAACCAUGUGUAUGGUGGUGUGCUGAUGUCAAUGUUGUGAACAGUGCCCCUUAUGGGAAGGCAUAAGCUGUUUAAAAUAUGGCUAUUUGAAUGCACAAAGAUACAGCGACGAGAUCCUGAGGGCCAUUUAAAGGUAUUCGACUAACAGAUGCUUAUCGGCAUUCCCAGUCAACUGAAAUCCAUAGAUUAUGGGCCAAUGAAUUUCAGUUGACCGAUUCUCAUGAACUGUAACUCUGUAAAAGUGAUAAUUGUUGCAUGUUGAGUUUUUGUUCAGUAUUAGUGGAGUUGGAUUGUUGUGCAUAUUUGAAGUAUGUAAUAAAAAUACCCACAUGUA